AUGCCAUCGAGCCGCAAUCGUCGGUUGGCUGAUUACUGCAGUUUGCAGCAGCUCAAGCGGCCUUCCAAAGCUCGGGCUAAGGAGCUUGGCUUUAAGGACGACAUCAUCCACAAGCUGAAGGAGGGCAACAUCUCGACUUUCGGAAGCUUGGCAUUCGCUUCACCGUACCAGAUUGGGCAGGUCGAUAAAGCUGUGGAUGCUCUGAUGGCUACUCUGGGCCGAGGGCCUACCGGGCCUACCGUGCAAGGCUCCACCACAGUGGACAUGGAAGAGAGUGCCGAGCCGAAGGAUCUUCUUCCAUUCAUUUCUCAGUUACCCUUGAACCAGGUCCGGUUGACUUCUAUUCUCCCUUUGCCCAAUUUCACCCGGCUUUUUUGCAGAUACGUGCGUGAGACCCUGCCGGGAUUCUCAUUCGCAGCGCUGGUGGUUUUGCUCCAAAUUUUCAUCGUGCCCCCGCAGGAACGUCUUCGACUUAAUUACCGGUGGCUUAAGCAAGGUGGCGAGGAUCGGUUACAAGCUGCACAGCGCAUCACAACUCUGGCGAAAGAGCUCGAAUCGUCUGAGCGAGAAUUCCAGGCAACUCUCGCAGGGCAAGCGAAGGAGGUGCUCCAGAGGAAGCGAAUCCUCCUUUGGAGGAAGCUGCUUGAUGAAACUGGAUUCCCAGAUUCGUUGGUGACAUCUCUUAUCGAGGGGGUGGACCUGGUCGGGAAACCUUCAAAGUCGCCUUUGUAUGAAGGAAGUUCUUCCCACGAGCUCGCCCACCGAGUUGAUGCAAUCGGCCACCUGGAGAAGGAAAUCUUUGAUGCAGCGAGCGCUUCAGGCUCCCUUCAGGGCUCGAGUGAUGACCAGCUGGACGAUGAGUUGUGGACACCAUGGCGAGGUAUCUUGUGGCUUCUUGAAGGGUUCCCAGUGGUCCAGGGAUCGCCGAAGAAUCCGAAGUUCCCUCCCAUCGACGACCUCAAGAAGAGUCAACAAGUUUCUCGGUCCAAGCGAUUUUGCUGUGAGUACGGGUGGGGUAGCUGA